AUGGCUGGAAGUCACACCAGGUACCCUGAAAAACUCUGUAUUAUGUAACCACAAAUUUGCCAGAUAUCUUUGAAAAUCCCUGAAUCCGUAGACACAAACACAGCAGGAGAUGGACCGCCUUCUUGUGAAAAUCGUGUAGUUUUGAUAUCUAUGAAAAUGGCAGAAAAUCUCCCCAAGUCUCCAUAACAGCAUUUGGUUGUGGGGUGCUGUUUAGCUCAGUCGGUAGAGUGUCGCUCCGCCUCGCCUGUUUCCUGUCAUGUCUUCAGCUGUGCUGUCAAUAAAGCCAUCUGAAGGCCAAAUGAAAAUACUUAAUUAAAAACAAAAACAUCUGGUUCUCAGCGUUACAGCCUGAAAAUGAAGUACAUGAAUAAAUACAUAAAUACCAUGCAGGCUUGCUAUAAAUAUGGAUUUUUAAAAAAGUAGAGCCGAAGACUCGCUGCUGUCCGUGACGUCAUCCUCUCAGUUCACACCUCUGCACGACAUCGUCGCUGUGAUUAAAUGAUUAAAAACCCUCUUUACAUUUCUGUAGAUGAAUGUUGUUGUGGAAAAGGACUGUAAGGACUUCCUGGUGUUAUUAUUAGUACGUUACUCUCUGUUUAGAGUAUAAACAGUGUCAGCAGUCCAUCAAAAGUCCCAUUUAUUUCAUUUACUUCACAUGAAACGCAUAACCAAAUUAAUGUUGCAGCUUCCUGGAGGCAGCCGAAGAAAAACAAGUGUGUACAGACAUGAUUUGUAACGUAUACGCUCACAAACCUCCUCUGUUGAAGCAGAUACCAAAGAACAGGUCAUUUGAAUGUGAUCCGCACCGCGCUCAUCGGGGAAAACCGAACCUGGAGAGUGUUGGGAUCAGACUCUGACACAUGCAAAUUGGUCUGCAGCUGAAAACAACACGUGUACUCUGAGCGGCGACGUUUAGUGACAUCAGUCUAUUUACAUACCAGCGGCAGCGAGAAGGGUGAUAAGUAUGAAUACAGCUGCAGGAGAGAGCAUCAGUCACUGUGGAGAGAGGAGGUGAACAAGUCAAGAUGCUGUGGCGUCUGUUGUUCAUCGCUCUGAUCGCAGGAGCACAGUGCAUGAUGAGCGACAGGUGCCCUGAAUCAGCAGGAGAUCUCAUCAACACAACAAACAGCAUCACAUCCCAGUCAUCAGACUUCACACACAAUAGUGUUGACUACUCUUCUGGAAGAGCUACUGAUGGGAAUACGACAGUAUGUGCUCACACCAACAAGGAACAGAAACCCUGGUGGAGAAUUGACCUGCUGGGUGUCUACAACAUUUAUUGUGUCAGCAUCUACAACGAUGCUGGGGACCAUACUAAUGUAAACGGUGCUCAGAUCCACGUCGGAAACUCUCUUGACAACAGCGGCACCAACAACAAAAUGUGUGCAAACAUCACACCCUUCAAAGUUGGAGAGUGGAAUGACUUUACCUGUACUGAACGAGUGUCAGGGCGAUACGUCACCGUGUCCUUUCCAGGAACAAAGACUUUGAUUCUGUGUGAAGUGAAGAUCUACGGGAACAAAACAGAUCUCAUCAACACAGCAAACAGCACCACAUCCCAGUCAUCAGACCUCACGACUGAUUUCCCCUUCAAUUCUGGAAGAGCUGCUGAUGGGAAUAAGACACAAUGUGCAAGCACCAAAUCCGGGCAGGGGGACCACUGGUGGAGAAUUGACCUGCUGGGUGUCUACAACAUUUCUUUUGUCAGCAUCUACAACAAAAUGGAACACAACACUAACAUGACCGGUGCUCAGAUCCACGUCGGGAACUCUCGUGAGAACAACGGCACCAACAACAAAAUGUGUGCAAACAUCACACACUUCGAAGUUGGACAGUGGAAUGACUUCAAAUGUGCUGAACGAGUGUCAGGGCGAUACGUCACCGUGUUCUUACCACAACAAAUUGGUUUGAUUCUGUGUGAAGUAGAGAUCUACGGCAAGAAAAAAGAUCUCAUCAACACAGCAAACAGCAUCACAUCCCAGUCAUCAGACUUCACACCUGAUUCCUUCUACCAUUCUGUAAAAGCUACUGAUGGGGAUAAGACACAAUGCGCAAGCACCAAAUCCGGGCAGGGGGACCACUGGUGGAGAAUUGACCUGCUGGGUGUCUACAACAUUUCUUUUGUCAGCAUCUACAACAAAAUCGAACACAUAUCUAACAUGACCGGUGCUCAGAUCCACGUCGGGAACUCUCGUGAGAACAGCGGCACCAACAACAAAAUGUGUGCAAGGACCACAAACUUCAACAAAGAGCAGUGGAAUGACUUUACCUGUACUGAACGAGUGUCAGGGCGAUACGUCACCGUGUCCUUUCCAGGAACAAGGCCUUUGAUUCUGUGUGAAGUGAAGAUCUACGGCAAGAAAAAAGAUCUCAUCAACACAACAAACAGCAUCACAUCCCAGUCAUCAAACUACACAGAUGAGAUAAAGGUCUCCUACUCUUCUGGAAGAGCUACUGAUGGUGUUGAGACAGUAUGUGCAAACACCAUGGAGGAACAGAAACCCUGGUGGAGAAUUGACCUGCUGGGUGUCUACAACAUUUCUUUUGUCAGCAUCUACAACAAGAAUACACACAAUACUGAUAUAACCAAUGCUCAGAUCCACGUCGGGAACUCUCGUGAGAACAACGGCACCAACAACAAAAUCUGUGCAAACAUCACAAACUUCAACAAAGAGCAGUGGAAUAACUAUACUUGUACUGAGGGAGUGUCAGGGCGAUACGUCACCGUGUUCUUUCCAGGAACAAAGGCUUUGAUUCUGUGUGAAGUGGAGAUCUACGGCAAGAAAAGAGUGUCACCCUUUGAGCUGAUCCAGGAGAACAAGACGUGGGAACAUGCCCUGCAGCACUGCAGAGACAAUAACAUGGACCUGGCUACCAUCCUCAAUGAAGACGACCAGGUCCUGGCUGAGCUGGAGGCCCAGAGAGCCGACACUCCCUUCUUGUGGCUGGGCCUCCACUACACCUGCAUCCUGGAGGUUUGGUUCUGGGUGGCUGAUUAUCGCUUGGAGUUCAACCGCUGGGCUGACGGGGAAAAAACAGGAGACUGUGACAGGAGUGCUGUCAUGAGCAGAGCUGAGGGCCAUCAGUGGUUCAGCAAGUCUGACUACGAUGAGUUUAACUUCAUCUGUCAGAAGUUUUAGUUUUCUCAGCUCCUUUUGUUUUUGUUUUUUCUGAUUUGGAUGAGUGGCAUACACACUGUCUCUGUCAGUGUAUGUAUGGAGCUCACAACCAAACAGAUAUUAUAGGACAUGCAUGCGUCUGUUAGAAGUUUUUAGUCUGUUAGAAGUUUUUAGUCUCUUAUGUAAAAGGAAAUUUGUUGUUUUGAAUCUAUAUUUUGGUGAUUAAUCCUGAUAUGAAAAUGUCCAGAGAUCAGAAAAUGAUGUGAGAUGAAAUGCAAAACUCUUCCACCCGUGUCACCUUUGCUGAUAUGACACAUUUGCAUUUGCAGUAAACAAUAUGUAUAUUUGAAUGACACUCGCUGCACGUUAUUUCCUCUGUAUGCAUUCUGCCUAUACUCAUGUUAAGUUUAUAACAGGGGACACUGAAGACUGAAGAUACAUAUAUUUUGCUUUCCAAUAAAUGUCUAAAUAAAAGUCGAG